AUGACAACCUCCACAAGAGAUUCCCAUGAGAUCAUACAGCCUGAACUCAAUCCAUGUGAGAAAAACAAUGGAGAGAGCAUCACGACAUCCUACGCUGGGGAAAGAGAGAGAAAGAUGAUAGAGAGCAAGGAAGGGCUAUGGAAGGCAUUCAUUGAAGAGGAAACGAAGAAAUUAAACCUUAAGUAUUAUCAAGACCAAAUGGUACUAAAAAUGUCAAUAUUUCAAUUGCCCGCAUACGCCACGUCAAUAACACCUAGAUUUGUUUCUUUCGGCCCCUUCCACCAUGGUGAACAAAACUUGAAGUUUGCCGAAUAUUGGAAACAAAUGGCAGUCCUAAGAUUUAUUUCAAGGACUAAUCAGUCCCUUGAAGAUCUUAUGGGAGAGAUGAUAAAAGCCAUGGAGGAAUUACAAGCAAAUUAUGCACUUUUAGAAGACAAGUGGAGAAACGAUACAGAAUUUGUGAAACUCAUGAUUUGGGAUGGUUGUUUCAUGUUAGAGCUUCCACGAAACGAUCCUAGUACAUCUUUCAUCUAUGAUCAUCACUUUGGUGGCCAUGGAGGUCAGGACAGACUUCCUCCUAGGGUGUGGGACGUGCUUUUGCUGGACAACCAAUUGCCUCUUUUGGUUAUCAAGGUGUUAUUACAAAAAGAGGCUGAUAGCACCAAACAACGACAGCCGGUAAGUUAA